AUGGACAAAACCUCUCUCAGCUUAAGAGAACUAUAUCAUGAGAAACAAGCCAACCCUAAGAGAUCGAGUAGCGAUCAAACCCAAAGAAACCAAAAACCCCAAGACUACAGGACCCACCGGGGAGGACAAUGUUCUGGACCUCUCCUUAACAGCGUCCAUGAGAAUAAACCAGUUGAAAAAGGACAGAGCCCCGUCGAAACGCGGGGGGACUCUUAUCUUAAAGAUACAAACCGAGGAAGGAAGCUCAAGGCUAGGCCAAGAAAUAAAAGAAAGACCAAGAAGAUGAACCAUCAAUCCUCCGAUUCCCACGAGAAGAAACGGCCAGGAGCCUCACCACCCCACGAAGGUUGA